AUGACUCUCAUCAGCGAAGCUCCCAAAGCAUUUGACUUCAUUGUCGUCGGAGGCGGUACUGCAGGAUGCGCUGUUGCAGGUCGUUUGGCCGAGAACCCCAAAGUCUCAGUUCUCAUCAUCGAGGCUGGCAUCGAUAACCCAGGCGAUGUUGAUGCCAUCACAACCCCAGCUCGUGCCUUCGAAUUGAGGAACAGCAAGUAUGACUGGUCUUAUAAGACAGGCAUGAUCGAUCGCCCUGAGUACACUCGUAUCGAGAAGCCCAAUACUCGUGGAAAGGUUCUGGGAGGCAGCUCUUGUCUGAACUAUUACACUUGGAUUCCUGGAAGUGCUGCGACCUUUGAUGACUGGGCACCAUAUGGCGGCGAGGAAUGGACCUGGAAGAGUUGCAAGGAAUAUCUUUACAAGGCAAGGAGGCUUCGCUGUUUCCACCCGGAACUCAAGUAUAUCGGCCAGGGAGGCCCGAUUCCAGUCUCCCACUCCGACCUCAUCCCAGAAGUCGAGCCAUUCCGCAACGCUCUCACCAAGGCUUGGGUCAGCAAAGGCGAAGAGCUCACUGACGAUGUGCAUAAUGGUACCAUGAGAGGCCUCUGGAAGUGCACUAACAGUAUUUACAAUGGCAAGCGAUCUUCCAGUUGGAUGUAUCUGACUGGCAAGAAGAACGUCGUGGUUAUGUCUAAGACAAACGCGAAGAAGCUCAUCAUCGAGAAUGGGAAGGCUGUGGGCCUUGAGGUUAUUGGUCCCGAUGAGAGGACUUAUUCCUUUCGUGCCAAAUACGAGGUCGUCGUAUCUCUUGGUGUUUUCGAGUCACCCAAACUUCUGAUGCUUUCCGGGAUUGGACCGGAUGCUGAACUGAAGAAGUUCGGAAUCAGCUCAGUUGUCAAGUCAGAGAACGUUGGCCAGAAUCUUCUUGACCAUCCAAUCCUACCUCAUGUGUUUAAGAUGAAGGACGGAUUUGGUCUUGACAACCACCUUCUCCGAAAUGGUCUGGAAAAAGAUGCUGCCCUGUCAGCUUACCGCUGGAAGAACAAGGGUCCUCUCACCAGCGGUCUUCUGGAACUUGUCGGUCUCCCUCGCAUAGACAAGCUUCUUGAGAAGAACCCCGAGUACGUUGCCUAUAAGAAGGCCAACGGAGACGUAGACCCCUUUGGCCCAGGCGGCCAGCCUCAUUUCGAGAUCGAUUUCGUGCCAAUGUUUUCGGAUGCCUUCCAAUGGCACAUCCCCACCCCUCCCCGUGGAGAUUACCUGACCGUUAUCGUUGACCUCCUGCGACCUCUUUCUCAGAAUGGUACUGUGACUCUGAACUCUACCAACCCACUGGAACAGCCAAAGGUCAAUAUCAACUUCUUCUCCAACGACCUUGAUCUCAUUGCUAUGAGAGAGGGCGUUCGCUUCGUUGAUGAUAUUCUUAUGAAUGGCGAAGGAAUGAAGGAUAUCUUAGUCGAAGACUAUCCUUGGGCGAUGCCUAGACACUCGGAUGAGGCUAUGGAGAUUAUGAUCAAGGAGCGAUCGCAGACUGGCUUCCAUCCUUGCGGCACCAUUCGGAUGGGCAAGGAUAUUAAGCAGGGUGGAGUUGACUCGAAGCUCAAGGUGUUUGGCGUCGACAACCUUCGUGUCAUCGAUGCUUCAGUCAUCCCGGUCAUUCCCGACUGCCGUAUUCAGAACUCAGUAUACAUGAUUGCUGAGAAGGGUGCCGACAUGAUCAAGGCGGCUUAUCCGAUGCUGUACGCUUAG